GGGAACCCGGCCCUGCGCGCUGAUCUCCCGGCAUCCUGCGCGCUACUUUCCCGCCAGGACGACGCCGAAGCGGUUUUCCGCCUCCCUUCGUCGUCUUCCUCAGGCCUGCUUCCCGCUGCCGCUGCCCGUCUUCACCUCCAGCGCCCCGCCAUGCAGCGUGAACCUCCGAAGAAGAGGCUAGAGAAGAAGUCGGGAAAGCAGCUCUUUGACCCCGCUUCCUUCGGGAAGGACCUGCUGGCGGGCGGCGUCGCCGCGGCUGUGUCCAAGACCGCGGUGGCGCCCAUUGAGCGGGUGAAGCUGCUGCUGCAGGUGCAGGCGUCGUCCAAGCAGAUCAGCGCCGAGACGCAGUACAAGGGCAUGAUGGACUGCCUGGUGCGGAUCCCCCGCGAGCAGGGCUUCUUCAGUUAUUGGCGUGGCAAUUUGGCAAAUGUUAUCCGGUAUUUUCCAACACAAGCUCUAAACUUUGCUUUUAAGGACAAAUACAAACAACUUUUCAUGUCUGGAGUUAAUAAAGAAAAACAGUUUUGGAGGUGGUUUUUGGCAAACCUGGCUUCUGGUGGAGCUGCUGGAGCAACAUCUUUAUGUGUAGUUUAUCCUCUGGACUUUGCCCGAACCCGAUUAGGUGUUGAUAUUGGAAAAGGUCCUGAAGAGCGACAAUUCAAGGGUUUAGGUGACUGUAUUAUAAAAAUAGCAAAAUCAGAUGGAAUUGUCGGUUUGUACCAAGGGUUUGGUGUUUCAGUUCAGGGCAUCGUUGUGUACCGAGCCUCCUAUUUUGGAGCAUAUGACACAGUUAAGGGCUUAUUACCAAAACCAAAGGAAACCCCAUUUCUUGUCUCCUUUUUCAUUGCUCAAGUUGUGACCACAUGUUCUGGAAUUCUCUCUUAUCCCUUUGACACAGUUAGAAGACGCAUGAUGAUGCAGAGUGGUGAGGUUGAACGGCAAUAUAAAGGAACUUUAGACUGCUUUGUGAAGAUAUACCAACAUGAGGGAGUCAAUGCAUUUUUUCGUGGUGCCUUCUCCAAUAUUCUUCGUGGUACAGGGGGUGCUUUGGUGUUGGUACUGUAUGAUAAAAUUAAAGAAUUUCUUAAUAUUGAUAUUAGAGGUAGUUCAUCAGGAGAUUAAAUUAAGAAAUACAUAUAUUUAACUUGUUAAACAUACAAAUUACAUAGCUGCCAUUUGUAUACAAUUUGAUAGUGUGUUAUUACUGUCGGUAUUUUUUUAGAAUGCUAAUUCUGCAAUAAAACAGAUGCCUUUUCAAGGAUUUUAAAUACUAAAAAUCAGAUAAAUGUGGGUUUCUUCCUACUUAGACUCAAGCUUACUUUAUUGAGCCAUUUUACUUAUAAGUAGUAUAUGUUACUUCUAUUAGUUUAAAGUCCUUUUAUUUUGUGAUGAAAAAUUAAAAUGUAUAAUACUAAAAUCUAAGAAAUGAAAGUAUAUUCUUUUUAAAUGCUCUUCUCUUAAUAUAAGGUCUUCCCAUCUUUUAAAAUCA